ACAACAACCCAAACAUCCCACAUUCAACACCAAUUACAAAGUAAACAUUUACAACUCAUUUCUCGCCCAGGAGAUUCGAGUGUGAUCCAUAGAAAAGAAAAAUCGCGCGCGCGUUUUUUAAAAUCGAUCUACGCGCGGCUUCGUCGCACGUCACUUGAAUAUAUCUUUCGCGCAACCAUUGGGCUUAGGCCUCAAAAAUCCGCCAAAAUUCUACACCAACAAACUUUAAUCAGCCCCGAGAUUUCGCUCCAGUUCGCAACGGCGACCACAAUGCCCUACAACGGCGCUAGUAAUGGCAGUGGCGCCAGUGGCGCCGGCGGAGGAGGGGCCACCAUUGUCGUCACCGAGGGGCCGCAAAACAAAAAGAUCCGCACCGGAGUCCAGCAGCCCGGGGAGAACGAUGUGCACAUGCAUGCUAGGUCCACACCACAACAGAACCAGCAGCAAGCACUUAUGAACAAGUCAAAUGACGACCUACGGAGAAAGCGUCCCGAGACUACACGGCCAAAUCACAUUCUUCUCUUCACCAUCAUAAAUCCCUUCUAUCCCAUCACAGUUGAUGUCUUGCACAAAAUCUGUCAUCCACAUGGCCCAGUCCUGCGCAUUGUCAUAUUCAAAAAGAAUGGGGUCCAGGCCAUGGUCGAGUUCGAUAAUCUGGAUGCGGCCACUAGGGCUCGCGAGAAUCUGAAUGGAGCCGACAUUUAUGCCGGAUGCUGCACUCUGAAAAUCGAUUAUGCCAAGCCGGAGAAAUUGAACGUGUACAAGAAUGAGCCCGAUACCAGCUGGGACUAUACGCUGAGCACAGUUAAGGAGAUUGGAAAUGGCCGCUCGCCAUUACUACAGGAGCCUCUAUACGUAGCAACACUGCCGACACCACAACAACAUGUUCCCCAUCAACACCACCUCCGCCAACAACAACAUCAACAACAAGCACCACAACAACCACAUCCACAACACCUUCACCACCACCAACAACUAGUUGCCCCAGCUCAAUCGCACAAUCUUUAUCAAUUUAAAGAGCCACCGCUAUUGGGACCCGGAGCCGCUUUCCCACCAUUCGGUGCCCCCGAAUAUCACACCACCACACCGGAGAACUGGAAGGGGGCCGCCAUCCAUCCCACUGGCCUGAUGAAGGAGCCCGCCGGUGUUGUGCCCGGACGCAAUGCUCCCGUGGCCUUCACACCGCAAGGACAGGCUCAGGGCGCCGUCAUGAUGGUCUACGGCCUGGACCACGACACUUCCAACACGGAUAAGCUCUUCAAUUUGGUUUGCCUGUACGGCAACGUGGCACGGAUCAAGUUCUUGAAGACCAAAGAGGGCACCGCCAUGGUGCAAAUGGGCGACGCUGUGGCCGUUGAGCGUUGCGUGCAGCACUUGAACAACAUUCCCGUGGGCACUGGUGGCAAGAUACAGAUCGCUUUCUCCAAGCAGAACUUCCUAUCCGAGGUGAUCAACCCGUUCUUGCUGCCCGAUCAUUCGCCCAGCUUCAAGGAGUACACCGGCUCCAAGAACAAUCGUUUCCUAUCGCCGGCCCAGGCCAGCAAGAAUCGCAUUCAACCACCGAGCAAGAUUUUGCACUUUUUCAACACACCGCCCGGCUUGACCGAGGACCAACUGAUUGGAAUCUUCAACAUCAAGGAUGUGCCCGCCACAUCGGUGCGCCUGUUCCCCUUGAAGACCGAGCGCUCAUCGUCCGGACUGAUCGAAUUUUCCAAUAUCUCGCAGGCAGUACUGGCUAUCAUGAAGUGCAACCAUCUGCCUAUUGAGGGUAAAGGCACCAAGUUCCCAUUCAUCAUGAAGCUGUGCUUUUCCUCAUCCAAGAGCAUGAACGGCGCCUGGAACAAUGCGGCCAGCGAGGGCAUGAUCGAGAAGGAGAACGAGGUGGAUUCCAAGGUGGACAUCUACAAUUGAGAUUUGAUUACGAUUGUGUAAGCAAGCAAACAACAACCGGCUUAACUAGAACACAAUACAGAACAACACUGUGGAUAUUGGUCGCAAACAACAUGCAAAAGACAACAGCAACAGGAAAAUCAGCAACAAAUGCGCCACAAACUGCACCAAUAGCUGAAACUUCAACUACAGAUCGAUCCACCAACUUGAUGGCUUACACAUUCGACAUGAAAUGCGGGAAUUUCAAACAAACUGAUUGCUAAAUCAACUAAAGAAACCAACAAACAUGAAAUGAUAAAUGAAAAACAUUCAAGAAAAAGGAAUUACAAUUAGGCGCAAACGCAUGUAAUUUUUAUACGAGCCAUUUGCAUAGAUUUACUGAAUUCCACCAUAUAUCAAUUCAGCUAAUUAGUAUGACAGCCUAUGUACGAUAUGGCCUCGUUUAAAAGCCACACCAAAUUAAAACACACUUGAUGCACAUUACAUUACAUUACAUGCGUUUGCGUUGCAACAAGAAAACAAACAAAAUAAUACAAAAAACUAAUUGUUAUUAUUGUUACAAUGAAGCAUUAGGACUUUCUCACACAACAGCAAAACAAAAAAUGGAAACACUCCAACCAAUUGUAAACUAUGUAUUGUUUAAUUGAUAAAAAACGACAAACUAAACCAAAAAUAAAUAAUUGUAAUUCAAAACUCAAAAGCAUGUGAAAAUAACUCCAAAUUCCCCCUUCCUUCACCCACCCGCUCUUUCCACUAAAAUGCACUUUGACCCUUGGACCCUUGACCCAACUUCCCACACCCCAAACCCACGGCAGACUUCUGUAUAGAUAAUGUAAUAUGAUUUUCAUGUCGAUACGAAUAUAUUAUUAGUGCAACAAAAGGAAACAUUUCUUUGGACAAUAUUUCGACAAGUAUUCGGGCGUGAGAAAAAGUCUUAACAAAAAUAUUUAUUGAAAAAGGAAUAUUUGUGUAAAUUAAAACCAAAAAUUUAGCAAUUUUAAAUAAAAUUUAUUAGUUUUAGUUAUGCAAAAUCGAGCACUGCAGCACGUUUAUGGCAGUUGAUUUAACAGUUUUUUAUUUUAACGAAUUUAAAACGAGCAGAGGAAUGAAUUAAAAACUUGCACAAGCCAAUGUUUUUAUUAUUAACAAAACAAGAAAAAGACAAGAUGGUAAACAUAAUUUUUGUGCUUAAUUUACAAAGUUGAAAAAGGCAUAAAUUUAUAUGUAUGAGAUGUAUUUGUAUUUAUAUUAAAAUUAAUUUUAAUUUACACUAAAUGUAAAAAGGAAAAUAACUAAAACAAAACAAAAUAUUAAAAAAAUAACAAGCUAAGAUAAAAGAUGAAAACCUACAAUAUAAUUUAGUUAAGUGCAAAUCGAAAAGAGCAUCUAGCUUAGUUAAGAAAUAGCAUCGUUCAGACAUGCAGACAGAAAACAUACAACAAACAACAUAUUUUUGAGGCGUUUUAAAAUUGGAAGACAGAGCCAAACAUUUCAAAACUCCAAGUGAAGUUAGCAAAGCAAAGCUACUACUAAAGAUGGGUGAGGGCGUAUUGCAAAUGCGAAUAAAAGUAGACGAAAACAAAAGAAUUAAAGAUAUCAGCAAUAAAGCAACAGCAACAACACCAUAUCAAAGGCGUAUGUUAGAUUACCUAUAAUAUAAACAUAAAUCGGGAUGAAAGAUGCAAGAUAAUAAUGUAACACCAUAAUCUAUGAGUUCACUUGAGUUGUAUCGUGUUUUAUUUUUAAGCUCAAUCUGUCGGCAGCUCGAGACCCAAAGAGAUCCGAGCUCGAAACUGCCCGUCAGAAGGCGUUGUUCUACACUACAUUUGUUUUUAAUGCAAAUCAACGAAUACACAAUACAUAAUGCUAGGGCCGCUAAACGAAUUUUCUUCACACUUUGCGAAGUUUAUAGCUCGACGAGAUUGUUGGGACUUCGCGUAGAUCAUUUCAUUCAUUUAACUAUCGGUAAUACUAUGUGCAAUUUGGGCUUUAAUCGAAUCUUCGCUUGUUCUAUUUAAUUUAUUGCAAUUUUCUCAUUUCGCUCACUAGUUUGUGUAAUUAUUUCAAGUGUCUUAGUUAUUAUGUAAAUUGUUUUGUAAUCCUUAAUUGUAAAAUAUUUUUCUAAAAGUUAAGUAUUAUUGUACUUAAUUUGUAUAAUUAACAUGAUUUAAUGACAAACGAGACGUAAUUAUAAAGAUGAAAAUAAUCUCGUUACAAAUUUAAUGAUAAAUAAUAAUUUUUAAGAACGUAAAGCAACAACGAUCUUAAAGCUCCUAAUUAGAUCAUAAUCAGAUCAAUAAACAAACUACUAUAAUACAGUAAUAUAUAAUAUAACAUAAAUAACAAACUCGGUAGCUAUUUAAUUUACGAAAAUACAAAUUGUAAUCUGAAUUUUAUAUUGUUAAUAGUUUUAUUUUACAUUGAACACAAUUUAUUUUGUGUUUAUUUUUCUUAUGUUUAAUUUUGUAUGAGUAAAAAUAGAAACAAAUAAAUAUAUAUAUAUAUUUAGCUGGUGAAAUCGUUUGGUACUUGCCUAAAAGGAGGCACAGCAAUGUCAGUUAAAUAUAUAAAAUCAUAAAUAUAUUUAUGCGUGUAUUUAUAUGAUUUGUUUUAUUUAAUAUUUAAAUUUUGUUGUUAUUUUUUAAAAGCGUAUUUUUUAAGCCCAGAGUUUGUAACAUGCGCGCUCAUAUUUUGAUAUAAAUAUAUAUAUAUGUAAAAGAAUCUGGCAGUGUAUUUUUAUUUUAUCACCAUCAGCUUUUUGUAUGUUCUAAUAGGAAUUGAAACAUGACAAAUAAUUUGCUUUUAAACUAUAGAAAACUCGCAAAGCAUUUAAAGCAAAGUAUAGUUACAUAGCAUCCUUCAACGCACAUCCUUUUCACUUCUUAUUUUCGGGCAAUGAGAACAGCGACUAUGGAGAAAUAAACCUAAACUAAAUUAUAUGCCAAAUAAUCUCUAGUGUUAUCCUGAAUUUUGAACAUAUCAAAAUUUUGAAGCAUUCAAAUUUAAGGCCCUAAGUUUUGAAAUUAUACAAUUUAGGCAUUACUUAUGUAAAUGUAAAAAAGAAAUAUUAAAACCCGGAGCACUUUUCAAUAAGCAGCAAAACUGCGAACAGACAUAAUCCUUACAACCCUCUACGAAAACGCCAAUAAGAAUUGUAUGUAAGCAUAUAGAGCAAACAAAGAUGAAAAAUCGAAAAAUAUAUAUGUAAGGUAUAAUUUAUAAGAAGUAAUUACUUUAAAGUAUUAUUUGAGAACACAAUUUUAAAAAAUUUGAAAACUAGGACAAUUUUUUUAUGUUUUUGCGCUUACGUUCCCAAAACUAAAUUUAGCAAGAAACUAAUCUCCUAGUAGCAAUUAUUUAAAUAUAAUUUAAACGCAUUCGAAAUUAAAUAAAAGAAAAUUAGUCAAAUUUCGUUACAAAAUUUUGUUGAAUUGAAACAAGAUCAUUUAAAGGUUGUCAACGACAAGAACUUGUUAUGAAGGCCUUCCCAAACCGCUGGCUUUUGCUAAUUGCAUGUCAUUUUGUGUAGCGAUUUCUUUAUUAUGAGUUCAUUUAAAUUACGUUUGCAAUUGCCUCGUAGUUUUCAACUCCAGAAAAGAAUAAUGCUCAUGGGGUAAAAGGUAGGUGCUGUUUUUAAAGUAACAACUCACAAUUUUCUUGAACUUGUCCACCCAAACAAACAUUGGUUCGUUCGGAGUGCCAUUUUCCCAUUGGCAAGUCCAUAUAUUUUGAGUGUAUUUUCAAUGAAUUGAGUUUAGUUCGUUAGUUAAUUCGCCUAAUGACACCAACUACACAAAUGGACCAGUUUAUUCAAUACUGAAUUGACAACCACCAAGAAUCAAAUCUAAACAAAAUGAAAUUAUUAAAAUUUGUGAAACCGUCCAAUUAUGAAACAGCAACACUGACACCACACACGAGUUGAAAACUGGGUACAUUACUACUUUAAAGUGGGAGAAACAGCGGAGCAAUGCUCUCCAGUUUCUGAAGUGUCUUUCACUGAGCUUUAGCCUUAUAUUGCAAACUUUUUGAAGCAAGGAUUUUUAGCGACACCAGCGAGUUUCCGUCUUCGGUUUGCGCUUUUCGACCUAUUUUAAUUCCGUGCCGCUUGAACACGCUUACCAGUUACGAGCCGCAUUCAGAUUGCUAAACAUCUACGAUCCUGUGAGAGCUUUUGUUUGCUACUAUCGUUUUCUGUUUUUUAGUUGGAUACCCCGAGAGGCAAAUGAGAAACACUAAACAAAACAAGAACUUUGUACACCGAAACGAAUUCAUAAUAAUCUAGAAUGCAUGUGCAUAAUGAGAACAAAGGAAGAAAUAACUAAAGGAUAAAGAAACCUAUGAAAAGAAAUGAAUAAAAGAUGAAUAACUAAAA